AGUGCCAUCGCUGUUUUGCCAGCUCUAGUAGAAUUUGUUAGAAUAUUUUUACCGGAUUUGCCAUUUGUUUGCAAUAGAAAUUAGAAGAGAAACAUCAGACAGUGGCCACCAACCCUUCAAGAGUCAAAUUCAACGUUUUCCAAAUUGCGAUCAACCCCGCCCGGCUGGCGACAUCGAUGAGAUCGUGCCCCUCGCCCAAAAACCAGCUGGCUGCCAACUUGAAGAUUGUGGCGUAAAUUGCCCUCCGAAAACGCAGUUGCAAUUGCAGUUAACAGGCGAAACACACAAGUAACACAGAUACCCAGGAUGCAGAACAAUCCCAGCCCACAGCUACCCUGCAAGGGUAUACUCAAGACUUCGCGCAGCUUCGACAAGUCGGGAGCCAGUUUUCGCAAAAGUGCCAAGUUCGAUGAGCUGAACGUGAUGCAGACCUUCCAUCCGGCCGACAAGGACUACGGACACAUGAAAAUCGAUGAGCCCAAGACGCCGUACAACUACACGGAGGGCUUCGACGAGAACAGGGACGAGCUGGACACGGAGUUGCUAGUGGAGAAACUCCGCAUAGCGGCUAACACACAGCCGUCGAUAGAGAGCAUCGAGGAUGAAGGUUCCUCCGGUGAUGACCAGCCCCUUAGCGAAGAGGAGCGACAACGCCGACGCGAGUUUGAGCGACGUCGCAAGGCCCACUAUCGCGAGUUUGAGGCCGUCAAGCUGGCGCGGAAGCUGAUCCAGGAGGAGGACGACGACGAUGACGACGAGGACAAGGGCGCGGCUAGCCGGCCCUCGGGCUCGGCACAGGGCGCUUCCAGUUCCGGACGCUACGCGAGCAGUUCGGCAAAAAAGUCGAGCUCCCAAGCUGACUCCUCCACAUCCCCGUCUACCAGCGCCGGCCAGAACAUGGACCUGGAGCCAUCGAACAACUAGAAGCAAUGUCAACCCAUCAAUCAAUCACUAAUGUUUACCUAGCGGACAAUGGACGAUUCUGAGGGCAGCUCAUCCAAACAAUAAACAAACGAAAUUAUAUCAAAUUAUCAAGUGCUGUGCGAGCGAGCGCGGCGUGAGAAGUGGAUGCUGAUUAGCGGAGUGGCGAGGAGCACUCGUGAUUAAUUGAAUUUACCCAACUAAGCACGAAAAAAAACCAAACGUCGCCAAGGAGGUUCGUCAUCGAGUAGUGAACACAGCCGAUAAGCCGAGGCACUUAAUUGUUGCAAAUUGAGUUUACAGCACAAAGAAUGUGCACCUGGUCGGAGAAUUUGAUUGUACGACCCAAAAUAUAAUUAUCGUGUAUGCGUCUCAGCCGUAGCGUACUGUUGCAAAUGUAGUUAAACAAAAGUCUUUUUAACUUGAUAUCGAUCGAUGGAAACCCAUUUAGUUUUGGUCCAUGUCUCCCGUUCGCAGCUCCGUUUGCAUUUAAUUUGAUUGGAUGCCCAGUGCCAGUGCCACAGAAUGGAUAACUUGUUGUAACUAGCGUUGAAGUUGAUUUGGCCUUACUUUUAGUUAUUUAUUAAUACAAUACUAUUAUGAUUACUAUUAAGUUUUAGCCAUCGAAUGCGAACGUUUCAAUAAAGAGAGUCCAAAACCCAAUUGAAAAAAA